CCCCGCACGGGUGUAAAAAGAAAACUGAGCGCCGAGAGAGUGUGACAGUGACUUUUUGGGCUCGGGUGGCCCGCCAGGCGAGGCUCUCCGAGCACCGAGCCGCGGGAACACCAGGCUGGCUGCUCGCCCGGGUGGGCGGCGUUGAGGGCGGCCCGCUGAGCCCCCCCCCGCGCCUGGCCCGCAGAGGAAGCCCGGUGGGCGGCGGGGGCUGCGGCGCGCGUUAAGGGGCGGGGGCGAAGCUCCAGCCCGCAAAGACCAGGCCCCGCGGCCGCAGCGCCCCGCGCCCCCGGCGGCUGAGACAGAGAGCGCGAGGUCCGAGGUCGAGAUGGAUCUUGAGGCGGGAAGGAACGGAACUGUCCCGCGCCCCAGGAGAGCCGAGGGCGACUUUGAGCUGGGCAGCAGCAGCAACCAAGACAAGAAAAAAAAGAGAAUGAAGCUGAUUGGACCAUUAACUUUGUUUCGAUAUUCUGACUGGCAGGAUAAAUUACUGAUGUCCCUGGGCACCAUCAUGGCCAUAGCUCACGGAUCAGGUCUCCCCCUCAUGAUGAUAGUGUUUGGACAAAUGACCGACAAAUUUGUUGAUACUGCAGGAAAUUUCUCCUUUCCAGUGAAUUUUUCAUUGUCAAUGCUAAAUCCAGGCAGAAUUCUGGAAGAAGAAAUGACUAGGUAUGCAUACUAUUACUCAGGGUUAGGUGCUGGAGUUCUUGUUGCUGCCUAUAUACAAGUUUCAUUUUGGACUUUGGCAGCUGGCCGACAGGUCAGGAAAAUCAGGCAAGAGUUUUUUCACGCUGUUCUACGACAAGAAAUAGGCUGGUUUGAUGUCAGCGACACCACAGAACUCAAUACACGGUUAACAGAUGACAUCUCCAAAAUCAGUGAAGGAAUUGGUGACAAGGUUGGAAUGUUCUUUCAAGCAGUAGCCACGUUUUUUGCAGGAUUCAUAGUAGGGUUUGUUAGAGGAUGGAAGCUCACCCUUGUGAUAAUGGCCAUCAGCCCUAUCCUGGGACUCUCUGCAGCUGUCUGGGCAAAGAUACUCUCUGCAUUUAGUGACAAAGAACUAGCUGCAUAUGCCAAAGCGGGCGCUGCAGCCGAAGAGGCUCUGGGGGCCAUCAGGACCGUGAUAGCGUUUGGAGGCCAGAACAAAGAGCUGGAGAGGUAUGAGAAACACCUAGAAAAUGCCAAAAAGAUUGGAAUUAAAAAAGCUAUUUCAGCAAACAUUUCCAUGGGCAUCGCCUUCCUCUUAAUAUAUGCAUCAUAUGCACUGGCCUUCUGGUAUGCAUCCACUCUGGUUAUAGCAAAAGAAUAUACUAUUGGAAAUGCAAUGACAGUCUUUUUUUCAAUCCUGGUUGGAGCCUUCAGUGUUGGACAGGCUGCUCCAUGCAUUGAUGCUUUUGCCAAUGCAAGAGGAGCAGCCUAUGCGAUCUUCAACAUCAUUGAUCGUAAUCCUAAAAUUGACAGUUUUUCAGAGAGAGGACACAAACCCGACAGCAUCAAAGGGAAUUUGGAGUUCAAUGAUGUUCACUUUUCUUAUCCAGCUCGAGCUAAUGUCAAGAUCCUGAAGGGCCUCAACCUGAAGGUGGAGAGUGGGCAGACGGUGGCGCUGGUUGGGAACAGCGGCUGUGGGAAGAGCACAACAGUGCACCUGAUGCAGAGGCUCUAUGACCCUGAUGAGGGUAGGAUUAACAUUGAUGGGCAGGAUAUUAGGACCUUUAAUGUAAGGUAUCUCAGGGAAAUCAUUGGAGUGGUGAGUCAGGAGCCAGUGUUAUUUUCUACCACAAUUGCUGAAAAUAUUCGUUAUGGCCGUGGAAACGUCACCAUGGAUGAGAUAAAGAAAGCUGUUAAAGAGGCCAAUGCCUAUGACUUUAUCAUGAAACUACCACAGAAAUUCGACACCCUGGUUGGAGACAGAGGGGCCCAGCUGAGUGGUGGACAGAAGCAGAGAAUCGCCAUCGCUCGGGCCCUGGUGCGCAACCCUAAGAUCCUCCUGCUGGACGAGGCCACAUCAGCCCUGGACACUGAAAGCGAAGCAGAGGUACAGGCAGCCCUGGAUAAGGCCAGAGAAGGCCGGACCACCAUUGUGAUAGCCCAUCGACUGUCCACGAUCCGAAAUGCAGACGUAAUCGCGGGGUUUGAGGAUGGUGUCAUUGUGGAGCAAGGAAGCCACCGGGAGCUGAUGAAGAAGGAAGGCGUGUACUUCAGGCUUGUUAACAUGCAGACAUCAGGAAACCAGAUCCAAUCAGGAGAAUUUGACCUUGAAAUAAAUAAUGAAAACGCUGCAGCAGGUAUGGCUCCAAGUGGCUGGAAAUCUCGCAUAUUUAGGAAUUCUACUCAUAAAAGCCUUAGGAAUUCACGGAAGUAUCAGAAUGACCUUGAUGUGGAAACUGAAGAACUUGAAGAAAAUGUGCCACCGGCGUCUUUCCUGAAGGUCUUGAAAUUGAAUAAGACGGAAUGGCCGUACUUUGUGGUCGGCACUUUGUGUGCCAUUGCUAACGGGGCGCUGCAGCCGGCGUUCUCCAUCAUAUUCUCAGAAAUGGUAGCGGUUUUUGGACCAGGGGAUGAUGAAGUGAAGCAGCAGAAAUGCAACAUGUUCUCAUUGCUUUUUUUAGGUCUGGGAAUUAUUUCCUUUUUUACUUUCUUCCUUCAGGGCUUCACGUUUGGGAAAGCUGGUGAGAUCCUCACUACCAGGCUUCGCUCGUUGGCGUUUAGAGCAAUGCUAAGACAGGACAUGAGCUGGUUUGAUGAUCAUAAAAAUAGUACUGGUGCGCUUUCCACAAGACUUGCAAUGGAUGCCUCCCGGGUCCAAGGAGCCACUGGGAUGAGGUUGGCGUUAAUUGCACAGAACACGGCUAACCUUGGAACUGGCAUUAUCAUAUCCUUUAUCUAUGGCUGGCAGUUGACCCUAUUGCUUUUAUCAGUUGUUCCCAUCAUUGCUGUAUCAGGAAUUGUUGAAAUGAAAAUGUUGGCCGGAAAUGCCAAAAGAGAUAAAAAAGAACUGGAGACUGCUGGAAAGAUUGCAACAGAAGCAAUAGAAAAUAUUAGGACAGUUGUGUCCUUAACCCAGGAAAGAAAAUUUGAAUCGAUGUAUGUUGAAAAAUUAUACGGAGCUUACAGGAAUUCUGUGCAGAAGGCACACAUCUAUGGAAUCACUUUUAGUAUUUCACAAGCAUUUAUGUAUUUUUCCUAUGCUGGUUGUUUUCGAUUUGGCGCCUACCUCAUUGUGAAUGGACAUAUGCACUUUAGAGAUGUUAUUCUGGUGUUCUCAGCAAUUGUGUUCGGCGCAGUGGCUCUAGGACACACCAGCUCCUUUGCUCCAGACUAUGCUAAAGCCAAGCUGUCGGCAGCCCACUUAUUCAUGCUGCUGGAGAGACCACCUCUGAUUGACAGCUACAGUGAAGAAGGCCUGAGGCCUGAUAAAUUUGAAGGAAACGUGACAUUUAACGAAGUCGUGUUCAACUAUCCCACUCGGCCAGACAUCCCCGUGCUUCAGGGGCUGAGCCUCGAGGUGAAGAAGGGCCAGACGCUGGCUCUGGUGGGUAGCAGCGGCUGUGGGAAGAGCACGGUGGUCCAGCUCCUGGAGCGGUUCUAUGACCCCCUGGCUGGUACAGUGCUCCUAGAUGGUCAAGAAGCAAAGAAACUUAACAUCCAAUGGCUCAGAGCCCACCUUGGAAUUGUGUCCCAGGAGCCCGUCCUGUUUGACUGCAGCAUUGCUGAGAAUAUUGCCUACGGAGACAACAGUCGGGUUGUAUCACAGGAUGAAAUUGUGAAUGCAGCCAAAGCAGCCAACAUACAUCCCUUCAUUGAGACCUUACCCCAUAAAUAUGAAACAAGAGUGGGCGAUAAGGGAACUCAGCUCUCAGGAGGUCAAAAACAGAGGAUUGCUAUUGCUCGAGCCCUCAUCAGACAACCUCAAAUCCUAUUGUUGGAUGAAGCUACAUCAGCUCUGGAUACUGAAAGUGAAAAGAUUGUCCAAGCAGCCCUGGACAAAGCCAGAGAAGGCCGCACCUGCAUCGUGAUCGCUCACCGCCUGUCCACCAUCCAGAACGCAGACUUAAUAGUGGUGUUUCAGAAUGGCAAGGUCAAGGAGCAUGGCACGCAUCAACAGUUGCUGGCUCAGAAAGGCAUCUAUUUUUCCAUGGUCAGUGUCCAGGCUGGGACACAGAACUUAUGAACUCUUGUUAGAUCUUAAAAAUAAAUUCAAAUUAUAACUUU